GACUUCGCACAGCUCUUUUGCCGGUGAAACAUUGGUCGGACAACGGGUGCCAUUUGGCGCAGUAUUGAGCCACAUCCGUUAACAAAGAGCGUCUAGUAAUUUAUUUAUCGUCGUGUUCGUUAAUUUUAGUUGAUACGUUUUGCCGUCAAACAUUCACAAUGAGCUCAAUCAACGUCAAAAAGCUGAAAGUCAACGAGCUGAAGGACGAGCUGAAAAAGCGUAAUCUUUCGGACAAGGGGCUGAAGGCCGAGCUGAUGGACCGCCUGCAGGCCGCGCUGGACGAGGAGGCCCUUGCCGGAGACUCUCCGCUCGACCAAGAAGCCGCUGCAGACGAGGGUUUCAGCCAGGCAGCCGACCAAGAGGGUAUGGGAGAAGAAGAAGAGGGCGAUGGCCCGAUAGAAGAAAGCAUGGAGGCCAACGAGGAGGAGGAGGAGGAGGAAGAAGAAGAGCCAGAGCCAGAGCCAGAGAAUGGGGGCGACGGCGAUGGCGAUGGCGUUGCCGAGGACGAAGAAAUGGGUGAAGGGGAAGAGGAAGGGGACGGGGAAGGGGAAGAAGACGACGAGAUGGAUCCCAUGCUCAAGGGAGAUGUGGACGACAUGGAGAAAAUAGAAGCAGAGGAUGGUGAGCCCGGGGACCAGGUUGCAGAGGGGGAUGCGGACAAAGACACGAAUGCUGAUCAGAAGAAUAAGAAGGGUGUUAAGAGACGCCGGGAGGAACAUGGAAGGGGCUACUUUGAAUUUAUUGAAGAGAACAAAUACAGCUGGGCCUCAUUUAAGUCUCCUGUGCCACCUCUGGAAGAAGAAGAUGAGGAGUUUGAUGACACAAAAGUCUGCCUGGAUACCUACAAUUGCGACCUGCACUUUAAGGUGUCUCGGGACCGUUUCAGCGCCUCCUCUCUCACGAUGGAGAGUUUUGCUUACCUGUGGUCCGGAGGCAAGGCAACCUAUGGUGUAGACAAAGGCAAAGCCUGCUUUGAGAUGAAGAUUACAGAGAAGAUUCCUGUGAAGCACAUUUCCAGCAAGAACAUGGAGAUCCAUGAUGUGCAGGUUGGCUGGUCUCUGGCUACUGGCACGCUGCUCCUGGGUGAGGAAGAGCAUUCUUACGCCUACUCUGGGAAAAGCAAGAAGACCACCAACUGCGUGACGGAGGACUUUGGAGAAACCUAUGAGGAGAACGAUGUCGUCUGCUGCCUCAUUGACUUUGAGGGCGAGGAGGUGGUGUUGUCCUUCUCCAAGAACGGUGGGGAACCUGUUGUCGCUUUCCAGGUCAGCAAGGACAGUCUGAACGGCCAGGCCCUCUUCCCCCACGUCAUCUGCCACAACUGUGCUGUGGAGUUCAACUUUGGUCAGAUGGAGACUCCAUAUUUCCCUCAGCCCCAGGGCUACGACUUCCUGCAGCAGAUCCCUGUCAGUGACCGUGUCCGGGGCCUCAAGGGGCCACAGACCAAGGCAGACUGUGAGAUCAUAGUGAUGGUGGGGCUGCCAGGCUCAGGGAAGACUACAUGGGUGAAGAACCAUGUCCAGGAGAACCCUGGGAAAUACUACAUCCUGGGCAGUGACACCAUUGUGGACAAGAUGAUGAUCAACAGCCUGAAGCGCCAGUCAAAGGACAUCACAAAACUGACAGCCAUUUCCCAGCGUGCACCUCUUUUCUUGGGAAAGUUUAUUGAGAUCGCUGCCCGCAAGAAGAGAAACUACAUCCUGGAUCAUACUAAUCUGUCUGCCCCGGGCCAGAAGAGGAAGAUGUGUCUGUUCGCAGGCUUCCAGCGAAAGGCUGUGGUGGUCUGCCCCUCUGACGACGACUACAAGGAGAGAGUCCAGAAGAAGGUCGAGAGUGAUGGCAAAGAAGUGCCUGAGCAUGCUGUCCUCAAAAUGAAAGGCUUCUACUCUCUGCCUGAGGAGGGAGAGAGCUUCAGUGAGAUCGUCUAUGCUGAGCUGCAGAAGGAGGAGGCCGGUAAGCUGCUGGAACAAUACAAAGAGGAAAGCAAGACCGCUCUGCCCGCUGAAAAGAAACCCAACCAGGGAAGCACAACACCAAAAAGAGGCGGCGGACUGCGUGGUGGCGGCCGGGGAGGCAAGAAUCAGUUUGGACGUGGCGGUGGACCUGGACAGAGAGGCGGUGGGCGUGGAGGCUUCCAGAACAGAGGCAGCUUUAGAGGAGCUCCUGGUCCUCGUGGUGGCUUCAACCGUCCACCUCGUGGCUUCCUGCCUCCCCCCGCCUUCAGAGGAGGAUUCCCCAACCGCGGAAACUUCAACAGAGGUGGCGGCCCCAUUCCCAGUCUGGGUGGAUCCCCUAGGGGCGGGCCAAUGAGGGGUAACAUGGGACCCAGAGGAGGACCCAUGAGCAGAGGUGGCCCAAUGAACAGAGGUGGGAACAUGAACAGAGGAGGUGGAGCCAACAUGAGCCGUGGUGGAAACAGGGGACAUCCCAACCAGUUCCAGCAGAGAGGUGGUAACCGUGGCAACUUUGGCAACAAGAAUGGCAACUUUGGUAACAACAGGAACAGUGGAAACUUUGGCAACAGGAACGGCAUGGACAAGGCCCAGGCCUUCAACCAGAGCUGGCAGCAAGGGUUCUGGAACCAGAAGCCGUGGAGCCAGCAGUAUCAGCCUGGAUAUUACUAAAACACUUGUUCUAACGGACUGGUGGCCGACAGACACCCACCGCUUGCCACGGAACAUCCCUCCACCCCCGCUGUUUGAUUUUUUUUUUUUUUUUUUCUUAAUUAAUUUGUUCUUUUCCUAGAACCCACUUUUAUUAAUCUAAAACCCACCAACUUACUACCGAGACUAAAGCGAUAUGGAGCAACAACAUUCCACAUCAGAGGGGAGACCAGGCAACCGGAGUGUAAUUGAAGCUUUAUAUAUAUCUAGAUACACAUGUACAACGUGGGUUCAGUCUCUUAUUCAAUCAUCUGUUCAUUUUGUUUUAUUUUUGUUGUAUAUUUCAUUCUUUUUUUCACCACUUUUAAAUAACGUGCUUUUAAAACAAAUCUGUUUGUAAUAUCAGGAACCAGAAACAUUUUGCCAGCCUGGCAGAUGUUAAGUAAGAUUUUUUUUUUUUUUUUUUUUUUUUUUUUUUUUUUCAUGGUUGUGCAUUUUAUCUGUGCUGUGGUUUUUUUUUUUUUUGCUUUUUUUAUUACAAAUUGUAAAUAUUUGUUUUAGUUUUUUUUUUUUUUUUUUUGCAUAGCUUGUAUGAGAAGUUUAAGAAACGGUAUUGAUUGAAAGGAACCAUGACUUCUUAGCAAAGAAGCAUGGCCACUGAUGAUAUUGUUAGACUGUACGUGUCAAUAGAGUCCACUGUCAAACAGUUAAACUGAAGCAGCAGAGAAAUUACAGCAAGUUUUUGUCUUUUGUUCCCACUACCAAACCUGUAACCUAAACUCCAUAGACCUACAAUAAACAACUCGUUGGCUUUUUUACAUUCUUCCUGGCUUAUGACUUUUGAUUCAGUUCAAAGGUGCGUAAAAGACCUUUGAAUGGGCGAUGGCCUCGUUUGCUACUUCAAACAAUAAGGACAUCAGCCCCGCUACAAGCCCCAGUUGACAACUCAUUAGUAAAGUAUUCCAUCCAAGUGUCCUGUCUUUGAUACGUCAUUUUCAGUCUUUUAUCUAUUCUAACGCGCAUUGUCUUGAAAAAAAAAAAGUAUUUUGGCCGAGCCAUUUUUAAGGAUAUAAGUAAGCCAUUUUUAGUCCUACAUUAUGCCUUUUUUAAGUCAUUUAUUUUUAAUUUAUAUUAAAAUUAGAGCACUGACUACGCUUUGAUUCUCAGGAAGUGUGGUUCCUAGGUUAUCAAUGGUUCCUUUAGUGCAGUAGACUUCUGAAAAAUAUCUAGCAUCAAUCGGUCCCAUUAAAUACCAGAAUAGCAUUUUACAGUUUUCUUAUGCAUGUAUAUUUCAAUGAUUUUAGAUCAACACAGCUAUAUAAAUUUUGAACAAAUUGAUGAUGAUGAUGGUGAUGAUGCUAGUUCAGCACAAAAGUGGUUUCGGAAAGAGAUGGAGGGUUGCUCAUUUUCACCAGCAAACCUAAAGGGCUACACAGUGUCGCAACACAUCCACACAACCGACAGUUCGUGAAGACCUUUUUCAGACGGAUGAAAAAGAAGUGAAAGAGUUAACUAGUUUCCAACUUAAAGGCAUUAUUACAUUAUUUCAAAGCACUCCAGAGUCCAUGGUGGUGACUGUGUGGCCCAGCAAUAAUGGCAGCUCAUUCAAACAGCUCAUUUAACGUGUCCUGGCAGAGGACGCCCAAUUUACGUUUCAACACUGGAACAACACCAGAGCUGGAAAACAAACGAUUACACUAGAUCAGACUAAAUUCGGUGGUGUGUGUCCAUUUUUUUCAUUUUUUUUUUUUUUUGUAACUGCCCUUGUUGAUAUUUAAUAAACAUGUAAAUACUACACCACUAUUUCAACCAUGCACGAAUGUUCAUGAAAUAAUUGACUUUGAGUAAUAACUGUAUUGUGAUUAAGAAAGUGUUAGUUUGCCAGAGUACUGCUGUGUGAUGAAUUGUCGAUUCUAUUUAAACGUCUGGAGAGUUUGUGCCCUCCUGUUCUAUUGUACUGGAUACAUAAAUCUAGCAGAAUGCAAGCUUUGAGUUUACAGUAUAAUCUAUAAUACUACAGACUCUAUAUUUUUAUCGCUUUAUGUUGCAGGUUGUAUAUCAGGUCUUUUAUUAUUAAACCAACAGUGCAAAAGCUUUGAGACUUUUUAAGAUUUGUUGUCUUUUCUAUCUGAUGGUUUUUUGAUAUUUGUGUUUAAAAAUUUGGGGAUUGUAUUUUCUUUUUUAAUUUGUCUCAACUCUAUUAAAGUUAAAGAAGCUGGUAUACAA